UACAAAUUCACGAGCAAUUGAUUUCCUUAAAUUUCAGAUGUAGAUGUCGCAUGGAAUUUUUUUGACAUUUGUUAAACAGCGAAAUUUGUUAAGUGUCAAAAACAUUUUUUCUAGUCAACUAAUAUUGCUCGCUGUUAAGAAAAAUGUUGCGUACUGCUGCUGGACAAAUUGGCAAUUUUCUCCGUGGUUCCAUGGGACUUUCGGCCCGUGCUGCAACUAUUGGUUCCGUGCGUGCUUCUCAUUCUACAGAAUCAGAGGAGGAAUUUGAUAAGCGUUAUGAAGAGUUUUUCAACAAAGAAGAUAUUGAUGGUUGGGAGAUUCGCAAAGGCAUGAAUGAUUUGCUUGGUAUGGAUCUUGUUCCUGAUCCAAAAAUUAUUAUCGCCGCACUGAAAGCUUGCCGUCGUGUCAACGACAUUGCUUUGGCGAUUAGGUGGAUGGAAGGAUGCAAGGACAAGUGCGGAGACAAGACUAAAGAAAUUUACCCAUACCUCUUGGAAAACAUUCGCCCCACUCUUGCUGAGUUAGGUAUACCUACAGUCGAAGAGAUUGGAUAUGAUAAGCCAGAACUGGCACUAAAAUCUGUUUUUGAUAUGUAAUCGCGUCUAACAUUCUUAGUUGAGAAAUAAAAUAUAUGAAUAAAUAUGUGCUGCAUACUAUAAUAAAUGUACGCUUUAAGAUAUCAUAUUCUGAAAACUUUAAUAUAGUUAAUUCAAAUAAAUGAAA